GGCGAUCUGCGAGCUGGCGCUCAACUGCACGGGCGCCCUCCUCUUCUGGGGCCCGGUGUCGCUGCUGUCCGGAAUGAGGACUCUGAGCGAGGGCUUCCUCUGCGGCCUGCUGCUGUGCGGCCUGCUGCAGCAGUGCGGCUCCCAGAUCGUCAGCUGCAGCGCCCUGCUGGCGCCGAACCAGGACCGGCGGCCGCGGCCCACGGUGGCCGCGAACAUCUUCAGCUUCAUCACCUGCGGCUUCCUCGUCAGGACGAGCAACCUCGUGGCCUGCGUCCGGUCCCUGCGGUUCCUGUCGCCGGUGAAGCUGGGCUUCCAGGAAGGGGGGCGCUGGCGCUGAACGAGCUCGCCGAGCGCGAGUUCUCGGCGAGCCUGCAGCUGGAGGACCUGCGGGGGGCGCUGCGGGAGGUCGGGGCUGGGGCCGCUUGGGACGGCGCCGGGAGCCAGCUCGGCGCGGCGCCCUGGUGGUUGCGGCAGCGGAGCUUGCGGGACGCGGCCACGCGCGUGCUGGAGGAGGUGCUGCCCUGCGCGGACCCGUGCGUCACGGGCAUGGUCUCCAGCGGCCGCGAGGCGCUGGAGUGCAUCGGGCUGGACGAGCCCGCGGCGGUGUGGCCCGCGGUGCUGGGGCUCCUGGCGCACAGCGCGGCGCUGCACGCCCUCGCCUGGCUGUGCCUCAGCAAGCUGUCCCGGGAGCGGCGCUGACGCGCCCGCGCCCGCCGCGCCGCGACUGGGCGGCGGCGCCGUGGGGGGGUGGGGCAGGGCUCGUUUCGAUUCCUCCG